AUGUUUGCUCGAAGAGGGGAUAUCAGCGCUGAUUUCAUUAGGGCUUGGAUGGGGAACUUCAACGUCAUCAGAAACGUCGCAAAAUUCGCGACAAGAUUGGGCCAGUCACUGGCCUCGUCUAUAGAGACGUCGGAAGUUGGUAUGGACGAGGUGGAAAUCAUACCCGAUAUCGAGUCACCCGAGGAUGACGAAAUCCGGUAUGUUUUCUCCGAUGGGAUCGGGAAGAUCGUCUCACAAGAAUUCGCCGUGGAAGUGGCCCAAAAAUGCGGCUGCCCUCCUUCUACUUCAGCGUUCCAGAUUCGGUACGCUGGAUUCAAAGGAGUGGUAGCGGUGGAUCCCGGAUCGAAGAAGAAGAAGAAGCUGUCCUUGAGGAACAGCAUGAAAAAGUUGGAGAGCACCCACACAAGGUUAGAUGUACUGGCCGGCCUACAGCAGUAUCAUGGCGCCUUCCUAAACCGCCAGUUGAUCACAUUGCUCUCCUCACUUUCAAUUGAGGAUCGGACCACAUUUUUGAGGAGAAGCAAUAGGCAAAUCCUAGACACAAUUGACGCAACCUUAACAGAUCGCUCCAGGGCACUUGAAGCUGUACAGCUUAUGCCAGUUGGAGAGACUACCACGAUGGUCCAUGAGAUGCUACAACUUAAUUUACCAACCACACCAUGA